AUGAUGACCAACAGCGGUGGGCUCAAGCGAGGGCGAUCGGACGGCGUCCCGGAUCAUGAGGACGUGAAGCGCGUCAAGAUCACGGCUGAACACCCCGAGACUCUGCCGACAUUCGGUGCGGGCGAGGUCGUGGGCACAACAUCGUCACCGCCAGCAGCAGCAGCAGCAGCAGCACCGACGAAGCAAGCAGCACCGACGAAGCAAGCAGCACCGACGAAGCAAGGGCCAUGGGACAGGAUCAACCGCGUGGUGUUCGUUGCCACGGCCAUGAACACCGACGGGAGCGGCCUCUCCGCCUGCCUUGGCCUCGACAAGCUUCGGCAGGAGUCCGCCGCCCGCGUGGCUGAAUGCCAGGCCCAGCUCCAGGCCGAGCUCGACGCCGAGCUCCUGGCCGAGCAACAGGAGCUCUUCGCGGGGCUGCACAACCUGGGCGUACUGCGGUACGCGCCCGUGGCGCACGUGGCGAGGUUCCAGGAGGAGCUGUCCGCGGAGCAGCAGGAGCUGCGGCUGGUGGCAGGGGGCUUGCGGGGUCUCCGGAAAGCACCCGCUAGCCGGGUGGUGAGGUGCUGGGAGGAGUUCCGCAUCGAGGAGGAGGCGUUCCUGAGGUCGCACGCCGGGGGAGGAGCGGGGCCGGCGGCGGCCGCGGCGCCGCCGGCGGUUAGGGCACGAGCGGGGCCGGCGAUGACCUCUGCGGGAACGGCCCGCGAGAUGUCAACGGAGGGGAGGCCAGAGGGGUGUGCUGCCGGCGUGAGUUCCAAGUCCGCGUGGACAGAGGAGUUCCUCGCCGAACAGGAGGAGGCGUUCGCUGCGGCCGGGGAGCAGGUGCGCCAGGACCUCAAGGAGUUCCGCGUGCUGGUGGAAGGCCCGGGGGCGGCGGCGCACGAGAAGCUCGCGGCAGACAUGGCGGCGGCGGGGGCAACGGAGGCAGAGUUCUUGGAGGAACAGACCGUCCUGGCGGAGCGCAUCCAGCAAUGGCAGCGGCGGGAGUUCGUGGGUGCGAAUGGGGGAGCGGUGGCGGGUAACCCGGCGCUCGCGGAUGCCCUUGACGGAAAGGUGGGGGCCGAUGGGGUGGGGGGCGCAACUACACCGGGAGGACAGGGUAUCGAGGAGAUGGGUCUGGUUGUGGGCGGACCGCUAGGCACUAUCGUGGAGGAAGAGGAGGAGGAGGAAGAAGAUGAGGAAGGGAACAGCGGGCAGGAGGGCUUCGGCACCGUCAGCGGCAAGCGACCGGCCCGGUUUGCCAUAGACGGCGACUGCGGCUCUGAUACCUCGAGCAUGGGAGUGACGGACGGCGAGAUGAGCGACUUGUCGCCCGAAAGGGCGGUGCGCAAAGGAAAAACCUCUCUCGACGCCGGCGCAGCCAAGAGGAAGAGGGGGGCCGAGGACGCGGAGGUGACCCUGGAGGUCAAGAGGUCGAAGAGCUAA